AUGCCAAAUGAGACAGACAUCGAAGUAUCAAAAAUUAUAGGUAUCGAUGAUCCUGUGGUUUUGAACUUUGUCAAGGAUAUUAGGAGUAAGUGCCAUACUGCCGAUGAUUUCCAACAUAGAAUAACCGAUUUAGAUAUUGGGUUGUCAAAUGAAAGUAUCAAGAAAUUGUACAGGUUGUUAUCAACUUCUGAUAGUAAUGUUAAAAGAGAAAUAUCUAAAGUGCUUGAUUCAGAGUUGAAUAUUAGUGAUAAUGUUGUCACAGAGUUUGUAUUAAAUAUAUUGCAAAGCUGUUUUUCUUUAACGGAUUUUGAGAGGAAAAUGAAUGAAUUGGAUGUUGGUUUAACUAGAGAAAUUAUAGUUAAAAUUUAUAACUUACUCAAUACUACAAAUGAAAUUAAAUUAGAAGCAUUAGAGGAAGAAAAAAAAUUCGAAAGUAGUGAGAAGGCCAAGUUAAAUAAAGUUCAUAAUGAUAGAUUUGAAUAUAUGAAUAUUCAAAGAAAAGAUGAAUUUCCCGAAAGUAUUACAAGUAAUCCAUUUUUAGACGAGUCUCCAAUUGUAAAUAAGAUUUAUAAAGGUAAGGUAAGAAGCAUAACAUCAUUUGGUUGUUUCGUUCAAAUUUUGGGGACCAAAAAGAUAAAUUGUGAUGGAUUAGUCCAUAUAUCUCAAUUAUCACAACAUCACAUAAAUGAUCCUUAUGAAAUUAUAAGUGUCAAUCAGAUUGUUUACAUAAAAGUAAUUAAAGUUCAAAGAAAUGGUAAAAUAUCUUUAAGCAUGAAAGAAGUAGAUCAAAAAACAGGUCGUGACUUAAAUAUAAAAGCAACAUCGAAAGAUGAUACUUUUAAAAAUGAUGAUAGAGGAAGAAGUACCAACAUACCAAAUACCAAGAUUAAAAGGAGAAAGCUAACAUCACCAGAGAGAUGGGAAAUCCAACAAUUGAUUGCCAGUGGUGCUGCUGAUAUUAAUGAUUAUCCAGAAUUAUUAGAGGACAAUUUAGAAAACUCUGAAAGUGUAAGUAAAACCAUGAUUGGCAAAAAUGAAGCUGAAGAGGUCGAAGAAGAAGAGGAAUUUAUCGACAUUGAAUUAAACACUGAUGACAAGGCUCCAUUUUUAAAGGGUGAACUCUCAUCCCAAUCUAAACGUUUCGAAAUGCCUAAAAUUAUGAAAAUUCCUAAAGGUUCUAUGAAUAGAGCUGCUAUGUAUGGUUCUAAUUUAAUCAAAGAUCACCGUGAAACUAAAUUCAAGAAGAAGAAAGAAAUAGAAAAAGAGAUUAGGAAGAAACUGAGUAUGGAUGAUCCUACUAAGAAUCCUAGAGAAAAAUUUCGUGAAAUAGAUGAACUAAGACAACAGUUGGUAUUAACAGCAUGGGAAAGGAAUCGUAUGAGAGAAAGAAUUUCCUAUGGUAAAAGAACCGUAUUACCUAUAAGUUCACAAAGGCAGUCGCUGCCAGUGUAUAAAAUGAAAUCACAACUAAUGGAUGCUGUGAAAAAUAAUCAAUUUUUAGUCAUUGUAGGUGAAACAGGUUCAGGUAAGACUACACAAAUAACCCAAUAUCUAUAUGAUGAAGGGUUUGGUGAUACUGGGAUAAUUGGGUGUACUCAACCACGUCGUGUUGCCGCUGUUUCUGUCGCAAAUAGAGUUGCAGAAGAGUUCGGUUGUAAAAUAGGUAAUGAAGUUGGGUAUACAAUCAGAUUUGAAGACGUAACUAAUCAAAAGACUCGAAUUAAAUAUAUGACCGAUGGUAUAUUACAAAUUGAGGCAUUAUCAGAUCCCGUAAUGUCCAAAUACUCCGUAAUCAUGUUGGAUGAAGCACAUGAACGUACGGUAGCAACUGAUGUGUUAUUUGCAUUGUUAAAGAAAGCUGCCAGUCAGCGUCCUGACUUAAAAGUUAUAGUGACAAGUGCAACGUUAGAUUCUGCGAAAUUUUCUGAAUAUUUUGGUAAUUGCCCAGUAAUAAACAUUCCUGGUAAGACGUUCCCUGUCGAAGUAUUUUAUGCACAAGCUCCUCAAAUGGAUUACAUUGAGGCAGCAUUGGACUCUGUAAUGGAGAUACAUAUUAAUGAGGGUCCAGGUGAUGUUCUGGUAUUUCUUACAGGUCAAGAAGAAAUCGAUUCAUGUUGUGAAAUGUUGUAUUCACGUGUAAAGGAGUUGGGGGAUACCAUUGGGGAGUUGCUAAUUCUACCCGUUUAUUCUGCUCUACCAAGUGAAAUCCAAUCCAAAAUAUUUGAACCGACACAAGAAGGUCAAAGAAAAGUAGUAUUUGCGACAAAUAUUGCUGAAACGUCUAUUACGAUUGAUGGUAUCUACUAUGUCAUUGAUCCUGGGUUUUCCAAGAUUAAUAUUUUUAAUCCUAAAACCGGUAUGGAACAGUUGGUAGUAAAGCCUAUAUCGCAAGCCCAGGCCAACCAGAGAAAAGGGCGUGCUGGUAGAACAGGACCCGGUAAAUGUUACAGAUUAUACACCGAAUCUGCUUUUUACAAUGAGAUGUCUCCUAAUAGUGUACCUGAAAUUCAAAGACAGAACCUAUCACAUACAAUAUUAAUGUUGAAAGCUAUGGGUAUUGAAGAUGUUAUCAAUUUUGAGUUCAUGGACGCACCACCUCGUGCAUUAAUGAUUGGAGCUAUGGAGCAAUUGUAUAACCUAGGAGCAUUGGGUGAUGAAGGACAACUGACAGAAUUAGGGCAGCAUAUGUCUCAAUUUCCAACAGAUCCGUCGUUAUCACGAUCUUUGUUGAGUUCCGUAAGUAACAAUUGUGUUGAAGAGAUUGUUAUUAUCAUCUCGAUGAUUUCUAUUCAAAGUGUAUUCUACAGGCCCAAGGAACACCAACAAGAGGCAGAUCAGAAGAAAAUGAAGUUUUUCCAUCCAUAUGGCGACCAUCUAACACUACUUAACGUGUAUAAGAGAUGGGAACAAACUAGAUAUAGUGAACAAUUUUGCGAAAUGAAUUACUUACAUUACAAGCAUUUACUCCGGGCUAGGGAUAUUGGAAAGCAAUUGAGAGGGAUCCUGGAAGGGAUGAAGUUAUGGAAGAGUGGUAACAAUUGCAGUGAUAUCGAUAGUAUCAGAAGGGCUCUUGUUAAUGGAUUUUUCCUGAAUGCCGCCAAACGAGAUGGACAAGAGUAUAAGACGAUCCAUGGUAAUAAUUCCGUUGAGAUCCAUCCGUCGAGUUCAUUAUUUGGAAGAGAGUAUGAAUAUGUGAUAUACCAUAGUUUGGUAAUGACGAGUCGAGAGUAUAUGUCACAAGUGCUUGCGAUUGAACCUAAAUGGUUGAUUGAAAGUGCGCCUCAUUUUUAUAAAGAGAUGGAUGUUAAUAGUAAUUCUCGUAAGAGGGCGAAGAUAGUGCCAUUGCAUAAUAGGUAUUCGAAGGAUCAAAAUUCAUGGAGGUUAACUUCAAUAAGACAAUCCAGAGAGAGGGCGCUUGGUGUGAAACGGUAG